CUAUAAGAUCACAAAGUUUUCUCCAAUCCUGGCGAUUUAUCAAGCUCUUUAGUUAUUCAGAAAACGUAAUACGUCAUCUGUGAAGGUGGAUCAUGUUGUGUCCCAAUAUUUAUAAAGCGCUGCGCGUAAAGUUCAGUGAGUAGAAAUAGACGGCGACGUUUGGAAAGAGAACUUUUUUUAAAGGACACAUUUCUCGCUGCUGUCAAAGAUUUGCUUCUGUAUUUCAGAAUUAGUGAGACAAACAGCGUGUACGCGCCAGAAUUUGCCAAUCAAUAAGCACGUGGAUGUUCGGAGAUGUUUCUCCCGGAGUUCAGCGUCGUGUCAGCGCUGGCCACUGCGCUCACAUCACUGCUCUCAGCCCUGCUGCUGCUGGUCGUCACCAAGCAACUGUGGGCUCUCCGCUGGACCAUUACGCGGGACAAGGAGUGCAACUUGCCGCUGCCCAAGGGCUCCAUGGGGUGGCCUCUAGUGGGGGAAACUUUCCAUUGGCUCUUCCAGGGGUCCAACUUUCACAUCUCCAGGAGAAAGAAGCACGGGAAUGUUUUUAAAACUCACCUUCUUGGAAAGCCCCUAGUCCGGGUGACUGGCGCCGAGAACAUCCGAAAAAUUCUGGUGGGGGAACACAACUUGGUGUGCACUCAAUGGCCGCAGAGCACCCGGAUCAUCCUAGGACCAAACACGCUGGUCAACUCCAUCGGGGAUCUUCACAAGAAAAAGAGAAAAAUCUUGGCAAAAGUGUUUAGCCGCGGGGCGCUGGAGUCUUACCUGCCCCGCUUGCAAGAUGUUGUCAAGUCUGAAAUUGCAAAGUGGUGCUCAGAGCCCGGUGCAGUGGAUGUCUACGCCGCAGCAAAAUCUCUCACAUUUCGAAUCGCUGUCAAAGUCCUGCUGGGCCUACAAAUGGAGGAGACACGCAUUGUUUACCUUGCUCAAAUAUUCGAGCAACUCAUGAACAACCUUUUCUCUCUUCCUUUUGAUGCACCCAUGAGUGGACUCCGCAAGGGAAUAAAAGCGCGGGAAAUCCUUCACAAGUGCAUGGAGAAAAUCAUUGAGGAAAAGAUGCAGAGGCAACAAACGGAAGAGUACUAUGAUGCAUUUGAUUAUAUGCUAAGCAGCGCCAAGGAGACCGGGUACGAACUAAGUAUCCAAGAGUUGAAGGAGACAGCAGUUGAGUUGAUAUUUGCAGCUCACUCUACCACUGCCAGUGCCUCCACUUCCCUUGUCCUCCAGCUCCUGAAGCACCCUGCGGUGGUGGAGAAAGCCCAACAGGAGCUGGAGACAGAGGGGCUGGGUUAUGAGGCCCAUAGAGCACACAGCUGCCCAGGCAAAGAGGGGGAUUUAAAAGGCCCUUUGGAAACCACACAAGACGACCACGGGAGCCCAGACACAGAGACCACCUCAUUGCUAAAUGGGAAAGGGAAUGUUCACGGCGCCUCCGAUGAAGAGAAACCUACAUCUCGGUCCCAUAUACCUUAUCUAACGAUGGAAAAACUUAGUCAGCUGCAGUAUGUUAGCUGUGUAAUCAAGGAAGUGCUCCGUGUUCUCCCCCCGGUAUCCGGCGGAUACAGAACCGUGCUCAAGACAUUUGAAUUGGACGGUUACCAGAUCCCUAAAGGGUGGAGCGUGAUGUACAGCAUCCGGGACACCCACGACACCGCCCCAGUGUUUCACGACCCAGAGAGAUUCGACCCUGACCGCUUUGGGAGUGAGCGUGACGAGGGCAAGACAGGGCGUUUCAAUUAUGUUCCAUUUGGAGGUGGUGUUAGGAGGUGCGUCGGUAAGGAACUAGCCCUGAUGAUAUUAAAAACCCUGGCGGUGGAGCUGCUCAGCACAUGCAGAUGGAGCCUGGCCACAGAAUCGUUCCCCAAGAUGCAAACUGUUCCAAUUGUCCAUCCUGUCAACGGGCUGCAUGUGCAUUUUAGUUAUGCACACACAGAUGCAGUUUAGAGGCACCGGGCAGAGGUUUCACACUUGUCUUCUACAACACAUUUAAGUUAUUGAAUCAGAGUAUAACACCAAUAACUAUACUAUCACUGUCCAGAAGAGCUUGGAAUAUUUUUGGACCAACAAAUCCUUGUCGAAUGGACCCAAUGCAGGCGUAUGCUUUGGUGACCUGAGGAGACCUAUCAUUUUUAUGCAUCAUUGCUUUAAGUGGCUGAACUCUUAUGGACACCUGCACGCCCACCUCUGGAACGUAACAAAAAAGUCCAAGGAAGUGGACUAAUAUCACUGUCUUGGCUGCUCAGGUCUGCUUAGUUAGUCUACACAAGUCCAAUGCAAAACAGAUCUUGCACUUGAUCUUUACCAAUAUAUCCAGGAAUGCCAUUUUAAAUGUUUAUGUUCAGUGUGUGCGUAUAAUGUGAUAUAAUCUUAUCCAUUAGGGUAUGUAUUAAAUGAAGAAGCAUUACAUAAGCUUUAUUUAAAGAGCAUCGUAUAAGCCCUAUAACAAUUUUUUUAAAGCUAGAAUUGAUUACUUUAUUAUACAGCCAUAUUUAAAGGUUAUGCUAUAGCUUAAUUUUUCUAUUUUUGUAGUGCAAUGGCUAUGAACGCCAAUACAGUUUAGUUUAUAAUAAUUCAGCUAUUUUAUUAGACAUUUGCAUAAUUAUUAUUAUUAUUACUAUUUUGUUAUUAUCUUCAUUGUUAUUCAUAAUCACUAGUGGAUUAUGUAGGUAUAAUUGAAGCGCUGUGAAAUUAUCUGAUUAAUGUUUUCAUGGAAGGAGAUAGCACUUUUUCUCCUUUAUGGAGUUUGUACAUUGCCUAAUUGUCCUGUUGUUCAUAGCCUACAUGUUAUUUGUAAUUGGCUGUUAUUAUUUGUACUGUAGUGAAAUUGUUGUUAUGAGAAGUAAAUAACUGAAUAUUA